AUGAGACUUGCAUCGGAGGAUGCAGCCACAACAGUCGAGGAGCUUUGUCAAUGCAUCCCGGGUACCUGGUGUCAGGGCGACACCUCCGGGGUGAAACACCACGUCGUCCGCGAAGCUGCUCGCAACGUCACGGGAUUGUGCUUGGACAUGAAAAGGCGUACCAAACACUGA